AUGGUCCUCACUGAGGAUCAAAAGCAGAUCAUCACCGACCACCCGCUCAAUGACUUGCUCGCUGCGCUUCCCACCAAACUACGUCAUUUCAAGUUGGAAGACAACGAAGACGACACCAGGCCAUGCGACAACCAAGCCUGGCGUGCCGAUAUCUGCAAUCUUUUGGGCAUUUUGAUGGGCACCACUGCAGCAUACCAGCUUCGCACGUCAGAUGGACACAGAAUCGCCUCGAUGCUCAUGCACGCCCGCCAGAUAGUCGGAACACUACAGCCCUCUCGUUUUCGCUCCCUGAUCGACGCCAUCGUCGCUGACUGUUCCGACUUGGUCCUUUGGGCCGUAGUCAUCAACUUUGUCCAAGGCCUCGACCCCUCGACCCCUGAGAACUCUGCAAUUUCCAAACAAGUACCAGCAAAACUCGCAACACCGCUUCCGGCCAGCUCAGCCCAUUUAUCAGAUGGCGAAAACCGCGCAGUUAUUGAGGAGAGACUGUUCCACGAGAUAGGAGACUCUACACAUCGAAAUGUCCCUGGCUUCUUCCAGAAGCAUUUUAACCCAGCCACCUGGGACAAGCGUCAGAGGCGCAUGCUAAAGGACCUUCUUACACACCACGACGGCCAUAAUUGGGCUGAAUUUCCUGAUGAUCCCUCUGAGAAGCCAGUCUGGAAGUGGCUGACGCAACUUGAGAAAGAUUCUAUGGCCGGUGCACCAUACACCCUGCACACCAUGAGGACGGCCACCGAGUUUAAGGACGGUAAAGCCCAAAUGGACCUGAUGUUUCGCAAGUCGAACGCAAAAAAUGAUUAUAGAGAUGUUGUUGUUGUUGUUGUUGUUGUUGGGGAGCAUAAGAAGGUCCACAAUCCAAGCGACUUCAAAGCAGUCAUUCUACAACUUGCGAGAUAUCUGCGUGGAAUAUUUAGUGACCAAUCUCUGCGUCGCUUUGUACACGCUUUUACCCUAUGUGGCGCUAUAAUGGAACUGUGGGUGUUCGACCGGUCAGGGCUGUAUAGCUCUGGCGAGUUUAACAUUCACGAGAAGCCCGAGAGAUUCGCCUGUGCCCUUGUUGCUUACGCCAGUAUGAACAAUGAUGCCAUGGGCCUGGAUACAUAUAUUGAGCUCAGAAACAACCAUCGCUACCUAACAGCGAAAGAUGCUGCAGGUAAUGAGAAACGGGUAGAAGUGGCCAAGGGGAAGCUGCUUGUUCGGCAGCGUGCUAUUGUGUGUCGAGGAACGACCUGCUACCGAACCACGCGGGGCGUAGCCAAGUUCUCAUGGCGCUCUGCGGACAGGCAGCCCUCCGAGGUCAAGCAUCUUACUCUAGCUGCAGCGAGAGGUGUUGAAGGAGUGGCCACAACGCGACAUAAAUUCCAUUCUGGUCCCGAAGCCGAACCCGGCUCUGCCGGCCUUUCCGACAGCGGAUCGAGCAGGAAGCGCCCAUCUUCCAACGACGAUGGCACUGGCUCGACAAAACGACGCCCCGACAGUCAAAGGCGCCCCCGCCGGCAACCGAGGUCAGGUGCCGGAACUGGCGGCCCGCCGGGUGCAGGAUCGGGAUCGGAAUCGGGCUCGGAAUCACCCCACGGAUCGAGGCCAAGCGUACAUCGAGCCAAUCGCGACGUUCUCUACGAGAACCGCAUCCUUUCCUGUCUCGUUAUCUCGCCUGCUGGACGCGUGGUGAGCGACUUCAACUCUGCACGAGAGCUGCUGGAGGUUCUUCGAGAUGCCAUCCGGGCGCACCAGUCCCUUCUGAUGAAGGGCGGGAUCCUCCAUCGUGAUAUUUCAUCCAACAACAUCAUCAUCACAGAUGCGAGUCAAGGCUUCAAAGGAAUGCUAAUCGACCUCGACCUGGCCAAGGGCCAGGAUCGUGAACGAAGCGGCGCCAGGAAUAAAACAGGAACCAUGCAGUUUAUGGCGAUCGAGGUGCUGCUCGGAAAAGACCAUCCGUACCAGCACGAUUUGGAGUCCUUCUUCUACAUGCCACGUCCCACGAGCCGACUGUGCAAAUGGGAGGAGGUUGGGGGGCUCGACCAGAUAGCCGAUGCUAAGGCGGGAGAUAUGGCGGGCUACGGACUGAGACGCAUCCUGGAAGAGUUCCCGAGGGCGUUUGAGAUGGUUAAGCCACUGUGUCUGCGGAUUCGAGCGAUCCUCUUUGGCGACAUGGCGGAACAAAAGAUAGGGACACCAGCAGGUGACCCUCUACGACUCUAUAAUGCAAUUCUGGCCGCUUAUGACAUAGCACUUAGCUCGUUCUAA